AUGACAUUCCGCUGCGCAGUGUCCGGGACCACUUUGGCCGCUCACGCAGUUUGCCCGCGCCGAUAUCUGCUAUACGCCUCUUUUCUCGUAGCACCGACUGCCAGCUCGACGGCCAAGCAGCAGCAGAAGCCGUUCCACAGCACCGCGGGCCUCCGAGAUGAGCAGAUCGACAACUCCCGGAACCACUAUGAGACGCUGAAACUGCAGCCGGGCGCAACGCCUGCUGAUAUUAAAAAGUCCUUCUACGCCCUCUCCAAAUCCCACCACCCCGACCACCACCCCUCCAACCCGCACGCCUCCCGGCGCUUCAUGCGCAUCAGCGAGGCCUACUCCAUACUCUCGAUCCCCGCCAAGCGCGCCGCCUACGACCGGGACACAUUGCGCCUACACCACCCUUCCUCCCCUUCCUCCCCUUCCUCUCACCCCCACCACCGCGGCUCCUACAGCAGCACCAACCCCGCCGGCGGUCGCCCCGCCUCGGGCCUAAGCCGCCGCCGCGGCACAUACCAAGGCCCGCCACCGAGUUUCUUUCGGAGCGGCGGUUGGGGCGCCCACGGCGCCAAGCGCCGCGCCGCGCAUGAUGAGAGCACAGGGUCCUCUUCUUCUACGUCUCACACCUCAUCUUCUUCCACUUCUCAUGCCUCCUCCGCAAGUACAAACUCCUUCGGUGCAGGGGGCAUGGGACCAGGCCAAACGCCCUUUGGCCGCGGCGCCGAAGACGACGUCCCGCACUUCGACCGGGUAUCCCAUGAGCGCACGGGCCGGCAUAUCGAUAGUCGGCGAGCGGUGCGGCGCGCGCACCUCGACAGUCAGUACAUCAACAUCGAGCCGGAGCGAAGCACCGCCGGCAUGUUCUUCCUAAUCGGCGGUGUGCUGAUGCUGAGCGUGUUGGGUCCGUUCGCGGUCACCAGGAUAUGGAAUCGGGGUAGUGGGGGCGGGGACAAAAAGUUGGAGAGAAAGGGGAAAUAG